GGCCAUACAUCGUGGGAAUCACUGGAGUCAAGGUGCCCUCAGUCUAGAAUAUCUACGCGGGCUCCUUGCAUCAUACUGUUUGGGCCUGAUCACAGCCGAGCGAGACUUACACAAGAGGUCGAAUGACCGCCCGGAAGACCAGCGUUUCAUUUUCCCACUUUCUAUUCUGACCCUCACUGGUCCUACCUCUUUUCCUGCUGCCCUCGGUCGCUCUCUCGUCCCGUGUCCAUUGGCUGGAGUCCUGCUGUCGCGAUCACACGCCUCCCUUCUCACGACCAGCCUCCUUGACCAGUACGAACGACCGGCCAACAGCCCGCCAUCGCUAAAUGAGAGCAUCGAGCGAUUGAGAAGAGAACACCUGCACAAUAGCUCGCUGAAAAAAAUACACAAUACAUUUCUCGCUUCUUCUCCAACAACCAGGUCAGCGCCAAUCGACGUCCAGUCAUGUCUGCCCAGCCAAAUACUCCUCUGUCUCCUAAGACAGCCAGGGUCAAGUCGCCGGCCCCUGGGAUGCCCAUCUUUGGUUGCGAACACGUCCAGAUGCUGCUGUCCCAGUCACAGGACACAACGAACCAGUCUGUUCACCACUACAAGAUGAUUCUCCGUAAUAUCUUUGAACAAACUCCCCUGGUUCCACAGACGUCCAAGAACAAUGAUGGUCAGCCUGUAACGUCGCUCACGGCCAACUACCUAUGCUUGCAAUGUUCGAGUAUUGUUUCGGAGGAAGAGCGUCUCAAACACGGAAACAAAAAGCAGCAUCGCUUUUAUGUUGACUCUAGAAGCGGGACACUUUACUGUCAGAUUUGUGAUGACUUGGUCUGGGAUCCCACUUUAGAAGACCUGAGAGUUAGAAAAAUGGGCACUGGCACGUUCUCUACGCUUCUGCCAGAUCGCAAGAGGAAACACGACGAGCUAUUCGCGGAAAGCCUAAAGGACAACCCUCUCUACAUCAGCACAAACACCACAAUCGCCUCAUGUAAGGCAAACGGCCUUCGUGGAAUUUAUAAUGCUGGUGCUACAUGCUAUCAGAACGUCGUAUUACAGAGCUUCCUCCACAACCCGCUGCUUCGAAACUUCUAUCUUAGCGAUGGCCAUCAAAGCACUGAUUGUAGCUUGAGCAAUUGCCUCAGUUGCGCCAUGGACGACAUGUUUCAGGAUUUUUACGCCGUGGAGAACACGAACGGCUUUACCGCUGCCAGUAUUUUGUCCGGCUUUUGGAUAUCUGAGAAGAAAGCGUUCGAAAAUCUCGUGACCACCAAGGAGCAGGAUGCUCACGAAUUCUUCCAGUUUCUUGCAGAAGAGCUUCACGAACGUAAUGGUGACGGCAAGCCACCCGAGAUCGGGAGCGAGCAUAGUUGCAACUGUAUCAUCCAUCAAACUUUCUACGGCAAACUUCAGAGCACCACGACUUGUCAGAAUUGUGGCGGGGUCACUAAUGCUGUACAAUCCUUUCUCGACCUCAGCUUGGGUCUCGACAACCUUGCGCAGCGACGAGCUAGGAAGACGGGACAGAAGCAACCAAGUCUUACCCUUCAAGAGUGUCUCGAUGAGGAGUACGUGAAAUCAGACAAGUGUGAGUAUCGCUGCCACAACUGUGACUCCACACAACAGGCAAGGCGAAACACGAGCAUCAAACGGCUUCCCAAUGUGCUUGCCAUCCAGCUCAAGCGAUUCGAGUUCAAGCAAGGACGCCACGACAGGGCUCCGUCCAAGAUUGACACGACAGUCAAUUUUCCCUUGCAGCUGAACAUGCUCCCCUAUACCAACAGAGCCAAGGGAAGUGAUACAAAGGAAUCCUUUGAGCUGGCGAGGUCAUGCACGUAUGAUCUCCUCAGCGUUGUUGUUCACGUUGGCGAAAUAGAUACGGGUCACUAUGUUUCUUAUUGCCGAGUUGCCGAUCAGUGGUUCAAAUUCAAUGACCACAAGGUUGAGAUGGCCUCAAAGUCUGACGUUCUCAGUGCACAACCAUACUUGCUGUUUUACAUCAUCAGAUCCCUUUCCUGAGCCCCGCGCUCGUAUCUUUUGCACAGUCACUCCCAAAUUCUUUGGGUACAGCCCGUGAGGGCAAAGACUUUAGAUGCUUUGCAUAUCACCGAUGGUUGCGCGAUAGAGCAGGCACGAGAGAACUACUACAAGUCGGCAUUUCACGGCGUUGGACAGGGCACACAACAUUGCAUAUCAGGGUACAGGCUAUCUGUUUGUAUUGGAGUUUGGAGGACAGGCGGUAAUCCAUUGCACGAUGAAACAGUGACAUUUGUGGAGAGAUCUUCGCAGACUGUUCUCCAAGUCAUGUGCAGUCUCAUGCACAUACCGAAUCACACAUGGAUGCAUGCC